AUGUGCCGAUCAAAGGAGGCAUGGGAACACUUCAUCUUCGUGCCCCUGCCACAUUCGCGUCUUGCGAAGACCAGUCUAGUCCCUUACUCAGUGGAGCAUAGACGUGCUGAUGAACAUCAUAGUGGCCGGACGGCUUGGCAGGAGAUGGUUGAGGCUUUGGGGCUGGCGUCCGCCAUGGGGCCAAUGGCGCCCAGUGCUGCGUUCAUGAAGCUGGCGAUGAUGGUUCCUCCUCCGCCCACCCUGCCGCCACCAGCCCCUCCGUGGUCCGCGGCCGUCCCAGCGCCAGUGCCGCCCAGUGCUCCAGUGCAGCAGUUUAGCCUCUUAGACACCUUGUUGCCUAACUUCAAUACCGACACCUUCAUUUGGCGUGUCUCUAUGCUGCAAAUUACUGAAUAUAUUGGCUCCUUGCUGCUAGGUUCGGCUUAUGGAUCUCCGAAACUUUGUUCUUUGUACCUCCUGGGCGCCUCGUGGGGCCCGGCCAUUGCGCAGGGCGCAGUCUGGCGCCUCAUGUUGCCAAUGAUGCUCCACGCAAAUGCACUUCACAUUUUCUUCAAUCUCUUCUUCCAGAUGCGCAUUGGAUUUGGUAUGGAGAAGCAGUUUGGGCGUCGGAAGUUCUGCCUGCUCUACAUGUUCUGUGGCUUCCUGGGAAAUUUGAUUUCUGUGGCCGUGGACCCUAUGAAGCUGGCGGUGGGCGCUUCAACCAGCGGCUUCGGCUUGCUCGGGGUCUGGGCGGCCGAGGUGCUCUUGACCUGGGACCUGUUGGGUGAGAGUCGCUCACGGAUCUUCUUGUGGUUUGCCUUCAUGUGCACCAGCUGCAUCAUGAUGUCAACGAUCUCGCCCAACGUGGACUUUGUGGGGCACUUCGCAGGGAUGUUAGCCGGCUUUUUAUUGGCAAUCAUUUUGGCCGACAUGCAGGAGGAACAUCAGCCCCCAUGGUAUGGGAAGGCAAAGCUCUUGGCUCCUUGGAGAAGGACCCGGACAGGGUGA